GGCUAGGGGGCGUGUGUGUGUGUGGUUGUGACGGGAAUGUGUGUAGUCUACUUGUGUGUGUGUGUGUGUGUGUGUGUGUGUGGUGAGAGAGUGCGGCAAGCGUGCAUAUGCGCGCGUGUUUUUGCACCUGUGUGUGUGCAGCCAGUAUUGUUCCUGGGAGACUGAGCCGUGCUGUACCACGCUAUUGGGAAAAUCCAAGGUCAUGGAGUCUGGUCACAUGCACCGUUUGUGAGUGUGUUUGCUGCUGAGAGCGCGACUGUUUGCUUUGUGUGUGUGUGUGUAUGUGUGUGUGUGUGAGAGAGAGAGAGCAGAGAGAGAGAAAGAGAGUUUGUGUGUGAGAGCAUUGCUCUGACACAGAAAAGGCUUCAGGCUAAAACCAGGAGGCUGGAAUAUUAGCGGCGUUUCCAUCGAUGUACGGUGUUUGUGGGUGUUGUGGGGCCUUGCGACCCCGGUACAAAAGGCUUGUGGACAACAUUUUCCCUGAGGACCCAGAGGAUGGCUUGGUGAAAGCCAACAUGGAGAAGCUGACGUUUUACGCCCUGUCUGCCCCAGAAAAACUGGACCGCAUCGGCGCCUACCUGUCAGAACGCCUUUCUCGAGAUGUGACCCGGCACAGAUACGGGUAUGUGUGCAUCGCCAUGGAGGCCCUGGAUCAGCUGCUGAUGGCGUGCCACUGCCAGAGCAUCAACCUGUUUGUGGAGAGCUUCCUCGGCAUGGUGCGCAAACUCCUGGAGGCAGACAAGCCCAACCUGCAGAUCCUGGGGACCAACUCCUUUAUAAAGUUCGCCAACAUCGAGGAGGACACAGCCUCUUACCACCGCAGCUACGACUUCUUCGUCUCGCGCUUCAGCGAGAUGUGUCACUCCAGCUACGAGGAUCCCGACAUCCGCACCAAGAUUCGCAUGGCGGGGAUCAGAGGGCUGCAGGGGGUGGUGAGGAAAACGGUGAACGAUGAGCUGCAGGCCAACAUCUGGGACCCGCAGCACAUGGACAAGAUCGUCCCAUCCCUGCUCUUCAACCUGCAGGACGAGACCGUGGAGAGCCAGUCUCCCUCUCCGGAGGCAGAGAAGGAUAAGGAGAGUCCAGUGGAGCUGACUGAGCGCUGCUUCAGGGAGCUGCUGGGCCGUGCCGCUUACGGCAACAUCAAGAAUGCCGUCAAGCCCGUCCUCAUGCAUCUGGAUAACCAUUCCCUAUGGGAGACCAAAACAUUUGCUGUGCGCUGUUUCAAGAUCAUCAUGUACUCCAUUCAGUCCCAGCAUUCCCACCUGGUGAUACAGCAGCUGCUUGGGCACCUGGAUGCCAACAGUAAAAGCUCGGCCAAAGUGCGCGCUGGGAUAGUGCAGGUGCUCUCCGAGGCUGCAGUGAUUGAAGCCAGUGGCUCUGUAGGGCCGACGGUGCUGGAGGUGUUUAACACCCUGCUGAAGCAGCUGCGCAUCAGUGUGGACUAUGAGCUCACAGGCGCCUACGACUAUGGCAACAUCGGCACUAAGAUCAUCAAAGAGCACGAGGAGAGACAGCUACAGGAGUCUGUCAUUAAGACUAUCGGCUCGUUUGCCAGCACGCUCCCAACCUAUCAGCGCUCAGAGGUGAUGCUGUUCAUCAUGGGGAAGAUCCCGGUACCAGGGAUAUACCCGGCCCUCGGCUCAGCCAACACAGGGUUUGAGGGCAGUCGCAUGAUUCAAGUCAUGCUGCUCAAGUCACUAUUACAGGUGACGGUGGGCUUCCAGACCACCAACAUGCUGACAGCCCUGCCCUCGUCUUUCCUGGACCCGCUGCUCUCCUUCACGCUGAUGGAGGACGCCGAGGUCCGCCUGCUGGUCCUGGACAUCCUCAUCAGCCUCAUCGAUCGUCAUGACAACGUCCUCAUGUUCUCCUCCAUCAGUAUAAUCACAGACAUCUCCGUGCUGAAACUGAAGGUGGACAAAUGCUCCCGGCAGGACAAUUUGUUCAUGAAAAAGAAUGCCCAGAGGCUGUUCCGCCACAUCUACCUGGUGUGCAAUGAGGAGAACAGCACCCAGCGCCACUUCGAGUCGCUCUUCUCCCUGCUGGCUCUCCUCUCCAUAGAGCUGGCCACCGAGGAGGUGGUGGUGGACCUCAUCCGCCUGGCUCUGGCUCUGCAGGACUUGGCGGGCGAGGAGGCGCUGCCUGUGUACAAUCGCUGUGCCAUUCAUGCCCUCUCUGCUGCCUACCUGAACCUCAUCUGCCAGCUGACAACCGUGCCAACAUUUUGCCAGCACGUACACGAGGUGAUUGAGGCUCGACAGAAGGAGAUCCCUUACUUACUGCCGGAGGAUGUAUUUGUGGAGAAACCAAGACUGCCAGAGAGUCUGCCGAAGCCUGAAGGAGACAUCGUCUUCCUGCAGUCCAAAAUAGCGGAGACGCUAGGAGGGAGCGGCUACAACACAGAGAGGCUGGCCACACCUUACAUUCCACAAAUAACAGAUGAGGACAGGCUCUCAAAGAGGAAGAGCAUCGGGGACACCAUCUCCCUCCAGUUGGAAAUGGAUUCCAGACACAGCCCAGAGAGAGAGCAGAAAACUCCCACUGAACAGAUCACCUUCGAAACACUGAAACAAGCUAUUGUGGACAGUGUGACUAUGGAGGAGCAGGAGAGAGAGCGGAGGAGGCUGGUGGUGGAGAGGUUCCAGACGGCUCCCUUUGAGGAGAUUGCUGCACACUGUGGCGCAAGGGCCUCACUGCUGCAGAGUAAACUCAACCAGAUCUUUGAGAUCACAAUCAGGCCGCCCCCCAGCCCCUCGGGAACCCUCACUGCACACGGACAGAGCCGCUCCAUACCCGUCUACGAGAUGAUAUUCCCCGACCUCUGUGUCUACUGAGGGAGCUCGUGAUACCCCAGUAUGUCUGUGUAGCCCAGCAUUUGUGUGUCUGUUUGUUUUGUAUGUCUGUUUGAUUUGCAUCUGUCACCUACAUCAGAGAACUAUAGAGCUGAUGUGUCAUCUUUAAAAUGUUUGAGGGAAAAUGGUGUAGAUAGCAGAGUAAACAGUGAUGAUGAUGUUGAUGCUGACAAUUAAGAGUGUGUUUGAUGUGCAAUUAUACAACAACCCUCCAAAAUAGUUAAUACUUAUGAAUCACUUUGAUGCGUUUCUUGAACAAGCAACUAAUCAGUCAGAAGCUUGUUGUUUUCUUCGCUCGUUCGUUCGUUGUGGUGCUGUUGGCGCACUGUUUUUGUUUGUAAGAUGCAACAAUAAUUCUAUGGAUAUCCAUAUAUGUUUAACUACUCUCUAAAGGAUCACCAAAUACUCUGUGGAUGCUAUCACUUGGCACACUUGUGCAAAAAGCGAAGACUGCCUUAAACGUUGAUUCAACUGUUGUCAAAGAAUGUUAGAAGUGUGUGGCAAUGAUGUGUCCUCUGUAUUAUCAAGUAAUCUGUUUCAUCAGAAAUUCACAGUAGGACAUAUGCAGGUGUAGUGCCGUACAUAUCUUGUAGUGCAUGUGUAUGUGUAGUAUACGUGGUGUGUCAAUAUGCUGCAAUACUUUUUUACCGAGAAGCAAUAAUCCCUGAAAGGAAUUAGCUUGAAGCAAGCAGAAGUAGACACAGACACGGGUGAGAACAUUUUUGAAAGGUUCAGAGAAAGCUUAAUAGGUCAUUGGUAUGCCAUGACAGGGUAGGAUAAGGAUAUUAAGAUGAUUACUUUGAAUAAUUUUGGUCAAUUCAAUUAUGAUGUAAAAACCGUAGUUCUUUUUGUCAGUGAAAUACAAUAUUUGUCAUCAACAUUAGAUGAUCGGUAUACUCUGAUAUAUAUAUAUAUAUAUAUAUAUAUAUAUAUAUAUCAAUAAUAUUCCAUCUCAUGCUUCUUGUCAAACACUGUAUUUCAUCUCAAGAGUGGAAAAGCAAAAACGUGACAUUGGGAGAUGACAUUUGUGGUGAGUUUCAGCUCUGCGCUGGGAGAGCUGCUACGAACAUGAUGAUUGUAAUGACCGAAUGUGUGUCACCUCUCUGCCACUAAGGUUACGGUGAUUUGAGCUUUAAAGAGGUUGUUAGCUCAGAGAGAUGCAUCUAACAGAUUGUGCAAAGCUGCCGCAUAGUGGAACAGUGUGUGGCGCCAGUACCUCUUAUUUUUCAGAGGUUUGCUUGCUGGUCCGGUAAAAGAUGAGGUGAUCAUGCAAAUGAUUAACUUAAACCGUUGCUCGCAGUCCUUGCCCAUUGUCUGGACCUCUUGUUUCACCUCAUCUUUGUGUUGUACGUGUUGUAUUCCAUAGUACUUUCUCAUCUUUGUUGUGUGUUGUCGUGAGUUUAUUUAUAGAUGAUAUUUAGUUUUGUUUGUUUGUUUGUUUGGUUGUUGUUCCGAUUCCAGCUGUUGUUGACUGAUAUGCACUUUCCUCUUGUUUGUACUGUGUUGUUCUGAUUCCCUCGGUAAAAUCUCUGCUUUUGCAUGUCGCUGUCCUGUAGUGUCUGAUAUGCUGUAGUUUUAGUGUUUUCAUUGCUGCCUUCCAAGCCUGCCUCGCCUGUUUCCAUCCUGCUGCUAAAAAACUACGCUGGUUUUUGAAAAGGAGAGAGUCAUCUUAACACAGAUCUCUCUCCAGUUUUUUUUUUUGCUGAGAGUACGGUGAUGAUUGUGCAACUGUGCAAUGGUUUUGAUGAAGAAAUAUUUGUGUUUGAAUUAAGCGAAAGACCUCCUUCUUUGAGUUGCUGCAUGUGCUCACUGUGCCCAAACCAUCUUCAGCUCAAAAGGUCUUUCUGUCAGAUGAAGCAUUCAUAUUCGUGUUUGCCCGAGGGCAAUUUUCAUCUUUAAAUUGUACAACUUUUGACUUUGUAUAAAUGUUUAAUCAUUUGAAGUGCUAAAUCAGUGAUGUAAAUAUAUUGUAUGGAAAUGGUGUAAAGAUUAUAUGAGAAUACGAAAUAAAUAAAUAAAAUGUAAUUUUAUCAAAUCACA